CACCAACUCUUUCACAAGUACUCCUGCUCUGUUCUCAGUGCUGCAGAUUGGAGAUAUGCUGCUGAACAGUUUGUGAAAAGAGUUCCUGACAAAAUUAUUGUUCAUCGUAGUGAAUGCAAUACUUCAAAGCUGACUUUUGAUGGUGUUGAUUUGAUGGGGGAGAGAUUAGCUGAAGAGGUGGUCAAUGUUGUAAAAAAUUGGCCUGGCUUACACAAGAUCUCUUUUGUUGCCCACUCAUUGGGUGGCCUUAUUGCUAGAUAUGCCAUUGGAAGAUUAUUUGAACUUUCUGCUAGGAUUGGAAAUGCUGACCAAAAUGAGCCCUCUUCAGUAUUGGAAGCAAAUAAUUCUGCAAAACUCCAUGAACUAUGUUAUGAAGCAAGGAUUGCUGGACUGGAGCCUGUAAAUUUUAUAACAUUUGCAACUCCGCAUUUGGGUUCCAGAGGACAUAAGCAGCUCCCACUACUUUGCGGUCUUCCUUUCUUAGAGAGAAGUGCAUCUCAAACUGCACACUGGAUUGCAGGGAGAUCUGGUAAGCAUUUGUUCCUAACUGAUAACGACAAUGGAAAGCCUCCUCUCCUCCUUCGGAUGGUUGAAGACUCGGAUGACCUCAAAUUCAUGUCAGCUUUGCAAGCUUUCAAGCGUCGUGUGGCAUACGCAAAUGCAAACUAUGAUCAUAUUGUUGGCUGGAGAACAUCAUCAAUCAGACGCCAGGAUGAACUUCCAAAGGCUAAACUUCUUCUGAAAAAUGAGAAGUACCCUCACAUUGUUCACGUUGAUCAAGGAAGCAUGGAAGCCAAUAAUAGCAGAUCAUUGUCCAUGGUCGGAACAGAAGUAAUUGAUUUGGAAGAGGAGAUGAUUAGAGGCCUCACUCAAGUACCUUGGGAACGUAUUGAUGUUAGCUUUCAGAAAAGCACACAGCGAUAUGUUGCACACAAUACCAUUCAGGUCAACCGGUAUUGGUUGAACUCGGAUGGGGCUGAUGUGGUUCAGCAUAUGAUAGAUAACUUCAUUGUCUAAACAAUUGACUCCUGGAUACUUCUUUUCCGUGUACAUUGAAGCCUUGCAAGUGUUUAUUCAAGUGAUGGGUUAGGUUGCUUAUCUCUGUUCGAUCGGCCGCAUUUUUACAUGCCCUCAGUCUGUUUUGUACAUAUUGUCUUGGACUGUGAAAUGUGGUUAAUUAGCAUCUCGGUCGUACAUUCGAUGCUCAGUCCUGGCUGCUGUUCGUGAACAAUUUUGCAUCUUCUCAUUACGGCCUAAGUUGCAGCUGAAAUAGAAGAUCUUCGCCUGGAGCCUUAAGGUUCUAGACAGAAGGGUAGAGAGUGGAGAGUUACUUUUCACUAGAUAUACAUGUGGUUAGCAGGCUGGGAAGCAUACAACUAGUCCCUUGUCCAGCUAGAUAGAAGAGAAGGGAGAAAAAAUGCAUGACGCCACAAGAAAAUUUUAAUUACAGAACUAUUGAAUUAGCGGCUGAGCAUCUUUGGAUGGUCAUUUUCGCUGCUAAAAGGAUGUGUGGACAAUUAUUUCCUCCAUCCGCCACAAGAACUAUUGCAAUUAGCAGCCGAGCAUCUUCGGAUGAUCAUUUUCGCUGCUAAAAAGGAUGUGUGGAAAAUUAUUUCCUCUAUCUCAUAUCUCAUUACUUGUGGUAUUGCAUGAGCGUCCCUGUAUUUAUAUAACCUAAAUAUUGACCUAGUAUGGAAGAGCUUCGUUUUUUACUGCUCUUUGUUUACAGAUGUCUCUUGUUUUCAUCCACUUGGUGGUUGUAGAGCUGCUAAUUGGCGUACUAGGCCACCGGUAAGAUUUGUAAAAGGACUUUGGAAAACCCUUUUCUUUUUUUCUUCUGUAACUAGGAGUUCUGCAUAUUUCUAUGAGCU